AUGCACAUCCUCGCCCCCAUCCUCCUCGCCCUGACCACAUCAAUAACAGCACAUCCCACGCACGAACUCCUCCCUCGACUAAAACCAUAUCAACUCCGGGGCGUUCAGAGUCCGAUAUUCCAUCUCUAUCUCCAAGCGUUGCCCAGUAAUAAAAGCGUGCCUGUUAUGGGUCCUGAGAAGACUUCUGAAUAUUUUAACAUCGGCUCUACAAUCCAAUCCACGAAUACAUCUCAAUACCUCAACAUCGGCACGAAUUCCAGAUCCUUCAAGCCCCUUUCUUUCGGACCGACCGCUACGACGACGGCGUGGGCGUUGGAGGGGGAUACGAUUAUUACGGGGACGGGGAGUAGUUAUGGACGACGUGCGUAUUCAUUACCCAUAUUUUCCAUUCUUAUUCCGCUGCGAAUUUUAGAGGAAGGAGAAGUUGUGAAAAGAGUUUGA